UUUGCGGUGCUGUGUUAUAUGCGGUGCUUUUAGUGCUCGUUCCCCGUUUGUCGCUGUUUGGAAUUGAAUUACCUUACAGUUUUUGAUGCUAAUCCAAAUACAAACACAUGAAACUUGGCUGUAUAAUUCUGUUCAUUCAUUGAAUUCACUCAAACUUGUUUUAGGCAGAAACCAUGCUGAAACAAGAAAGCGUGAAUAUGGCUGAGUUCGAGUAUGAUAUAAACCAGAUGUACAGUGUUGACAGCAUGAACCUUGAAGACCUAGGGCCACUGGGCACCUUCAACAGCCAGGGCAACCUUGUGGUGCUCUCUCCACCAGAUGUCUCGGAGGAGACUUUGGACAUCGCCUAUGCCAUGCCCAGUGUGCCUAGUGUAGAGGACAUGAUGCCGGUGUCGCCGCGCGGCCCGCCGGCGCGCACGCCGUUCCCUGGAGGCCUGAACUUCGUCGUCGAGAUCAAUGCUGCAGACACCAACCGCAAGAAGUACUUGUACUCGCACCAGCUCAACCGCAUCUACGUGGACAUCAAAACCAACUUCCCAGUCCAGUUCCGCUGGGACUUCGAGCGAGCGGGCAGCCCCAUGUUCGUGCGCGCCACCACCGUGUUCUCGGAUGAUGCCCAGUCCGAGAAGAGAGUGGAGAGAUGCCUGCAGCAUACACAUGAGAGCGCUAAUGCUGGCAUAGACCCGACCAUAGUGCAGAACGUGCUCCACUCGUCGGCCGCGCCGGGCACGCAGGGCGUGUACUACUGCGGCGCGGCCUGCCUGCCCGACUCGUGGUACUCCGUGCUGCUGCGCGUCGACGGCCGCCCGCAGGAGCCCUGCUCACACGCCUACCAGUUCGUGUGCAAGAAUUCCUGCUCCAGUGGGAUCAAUAGGCGGUCUAUCGAUAUCAUCUUCACUUUAGAAGAUCACACGGGCCAGGUGUACGGGCGGCAGGCGGUGGGCGCGCGCGUGUGCGCCUGCCCGCGCCGCGACAAGCACAAGGACGAGGGCGCCGCGCGCGCGCCGCCCGACAAGCGCCGCGCGCCGCCCCCACACCCCGCGCCGCCGCGGGCCAAGAAGGUCAAGGUGGAACCCGACGACGACGUGCUGCUGCUGCCGCCCCUACCAAUCGUGGGUCGCCGGACCAUGAUCACCGGUCUUGAAGUCAUGCUGAACAUGAUGGAGGCAGUAGUGGCCAAAACUCCAGAACAUGAAGCCGACAAAUACCAGAGCUCCAUCCGGGCGCUCCGGCUCAAAAUCCAGGAGCUCCGGGGGGGCUCACAGGCUGAGUAGUCUAAUAGUUUAAUUUCAGCUCUUAGAAGACAACUGAAGCAACACUUGUAAACUAAAUCAGAAAAACAAUCGGAAAUAUGUGGAUUUUACCGUUGUUCUUCUUUUUUCAGACCUGAACACACCGGAUGCGUGUGCUUAGGCGUGCGCGUGAGCGUUGUAAUAUACAGAUCCUUAUAAGAGGUGACACACAGCUUGCGACAUUAACCUUUUAGCGCUCGUCUACGCACACGCACGUGGGUUGCUCUGGCCUUUAAUGAUGUAAAUUAUAAAUAGUGCAUCAUUUAAAAAAAAAAGGAAAUUCGACCGAGUGCCUUAGAUGCUAAUUACAGUUUUUUUAAUUAAUUGUGUGCCCAUUUUACAAAUGCAAAAAAUCGUGUCUUCAAUAUUAACAACUGUUUAGUUAGAGUUAGUCCAAGAGGUCAUCCAUUAAUUACGUCACGCGUUUAGGGGGAGGGAGGGGGUCAAGAAAAUGUGUCAUGGGGGAGGGGGAGUCACAAACUUUGUCACGUCCCUUUAACUUUCAUUGGUAGCCGAAAAUUGUUUUGAUUUUUUUUCGCAGUACAGCUAAAUAACUAGUUUUUGCAAUGACAUAUCGUUUUUAUCCGUGUAAUUUUUAUUCCUAAUCAGUUUCGUGUCGUAAAAUUUCUAAUAUUACUAUUAUUAAAAAAAUGUUUAAUGAAAAUGUAAAAAAUUGCUGGUGUGAUGAAAAAACUGGUCAGAAGUGAAAAGAUGGUGGUCAAAAAACUAUGAAAUUCGUGAGACGUAAUUAAUGGAUGACCCCUAAGACUAAAAUUUGAGUGUUAUUUUUGAAAAAAAAAACUACUCUGUGUUACACACCUCCGAUGAUUUUAAACACCAUACACAUAAUUAUGUAGGGUUAAAUAAAAUCGCGUCCCCUUCCGACUUCUGGUAAUUUUACAAUACAAACAAAUUCAAUAAGUUCAUUGAUUGUUGUUCUUGAUGAAAUUAUGAGUUGUAUUCGUUUUCGUUGUUUUCUAACUAGUUACCUAAGAUUUUGUUGUAGUUUUGUACUACUUUUAUAGCAUUUUUUAUUUUUAAGUCUAGAAUUAUGGUAAUUAUAGAAUUAUUUUGAUAAUUUCUAUUAUAGCUACUUCCAGUGCUAAGUAUUAUUCUUCUUUGUAAUUCGUUUUUAUUAGAUUUUACUUUUUAAAUUGUGCUUCCUUCUUAUGCAAUUUUAGGAAAUAAUUUGACAUUAUUAAAUUACUGACGUGUUUAUUCUGUUUAAAGCAGAGACGCUUUCCAUGUAGAUUUUCGUUCAUUGACCCGCUUGUUGAUAUCUCUAUUGCACUCGCAUAAUUAUACUGCUGUCCUGCCCAUUAUGGAGGGUAGAGGUAAGGAAAACUAUGUGCAACAUUAAAUAGGUGGCGCCACAUUACACCGAAAUGUCAUAGAACUAGUAUUUUUAUAGAUGUGCUAUACGCGUGCGCCCGUGAGGGACAGAACAUACGCAAUGCGACAAAAUUAAAAACACGUUUUAACAUUCCUGACAACAUACCAAAAACAACCUACGUAAUUUGGUCGGGUUAUUUGUUGCCCUCCCCAUUUCAUCUAUGAUACUUUGAAUGGUUCAUGUAAGUUUAUGAGCCACCGGAGAUUAAAAAAAAUUAAAUGAAAAAAAAUUAAAAUUAUUUAUUUGGUCGCAUACAAUGUUCAUAUAAUUGUGCUAGUAUCUCUUUUUAAGUAUUGUAAAUACUUGUAUUAAGAGAAUACCGCUCUUCCACUAUUGGUGUAACAGAGUUAUUUUAUGCUAUUAACAUUAGUUAUGGUAACAAUUUACAAUUAUAGUUAGAAUUAAAAUUGACAUUAGAAUAUCAUGUAAAAUCAGAGAUAAGGAACUAUUAUUUAAAGCUGAAUGCUGAUCACUUUGGCAACAGUUCUGCCAUAAGGGAUUGUUGUCCAUUCUCUACCGUCUAUAAGUUCUCCCAUAAGAGAUUAUUCUUCAUACUGCCCAUGAUGCCGGUUGUCAUGUCACUAUGCGAGCUUGACAGCUACGGAAGGUGGAGAUAAGGAACGAAAUCUUCAUGUACCAAAAAGUGUCAUCAAAAACUUUAAAUUGGUGGCGCUACAAUACCUAGAGUACUUGAACAAAAAAAUAAAAACAUAGACAGCGCAAUUCACUCCUUCAAUAACGCCUAGGUUCUUAGCUACUCUAGCGCUACUCUGGGGAGAUUUGGAACUAUUAUUUAUAGCUGACAGCUGGACACUUGCAACAGUUCUACCAUAAGAGAUGCCACUCCUCUUAAUUCCACACUCCAUAUUGACAGCAAUAUAAAUAUAUAAUUAUGCGCAUGCAAUAGAGAUAGCUACAGGCGAGACAAUGUAUGAAAGUCUACAUGGAAAGCGUCUCUUCUUUAGUUAAAAAUUAUGAAUAAUUUCGAACUUAUUUCUAACUUGCCUUCGUUUUAUAACAUUUUGUAUAACGUUUUAUAAUUUCGAUUGGUUGAAUAAUUAAUUACUAAUAACUAUUCGCCUCUCGCUCAAUCUCAUGCUCGAGAAAGAGGCAAAUAGACGCUGCCAUUCUAUCCCCUUUUACGGACUUGUUAUUAAAUACACUAUGCACUCGCUCAUCCGGCACCUAAAUUUUUUUCCCUGUGUCGGUUCGUAGGAAAUGCCGUAUUAUUGAAUUUGUAUGGAUAUAAAAGCCUUAUUGAAACAAUUUCUACACCCACUGUAAUCCGGCGUUCAGCCGUGUAUCGCCGGAUUAUCGAGCGGGACAUCUGAGACGCUAAUUGCCGAAUUACUGGGUGUGCCGGAUUGGCGAACGCUUACUGUAACUUUAUAAAAGUGUACUAUACUACUUUUUUUUUAUUGUACUUAUAAUGAUACCCUAAUCUUGAUGUUAAUAUUAAUCCUUUGCUAUGUUUACAUGCUUGCGAAGUCUUAUGGCGUGUUUUUACCCCAAGAUGGGGACAUCUUAAAAAAGAAUGUUUCUUGUCUAGUUUUUUUUUUAUACUACGUCGGUGGCAAACAAGCAUACGGCCCGCCUGAUGGUAAGCAGCCUCCGUAGCCUAUGUACGCCUGCAACUCCAGAGGAGUUACAUGCGCGUUGCCGACCCUAAACCCGCCCCCCCUCGUUGAGCUCUGGCAACCUUACUCACCGGCAGGAACACAACACUAUGAGUAGGGUAUGGUGGGUUGGGUAUAUGUAGGGUAUGGGUAUGGUAGUUGGUGUCUCAAUUGGUAAAAAGUCGCAUUUAUUUUGUCCCAGUUAUCUCCAGUGGUAAGUUUUUAACAGAUGUGCUUUAUGGAACUAGGUUUUUUACAAGCUUUUAUUUAACUUUCAAUGUACCAGUGUAUACCAAAUCUUGCAAGUUAAAUUUGAGCCGGUUUCCGAUGAAGCUGAAAAUUUGCAUACAAGGUGAUCUGAUGAUGGAGACUGCAGGUGGCCAUAGGAACUAUGAUAAAACAACGCAAUACCUUAUUGUGUUUGGGGUUUUCAGAAUUGUCUCCAAAAGUUUUACUUGCCUGUGGAAAGAACUUAUUUUUUAAUCUAAGAGAUUGGUUGACUGGUAGAGAAUGCCUUAAGGCAUUAAGUCCGUCAUUUGUACCUUCAUGUAUUGUGCAAUAAAGAUUAAAUAAAUAAAUAAUAAAACCCCAUAUUGCGUAUCGUACUGAGGCUUGGCAAUCGUGUAAAACAUGGAAUGAUAGCUUUAAUUCCGUGAUAAAGACAAGGUGCAUUUGUGUCUGACACUAGUCAAGCUUGUAUGGUGUCGGCACGAGAGUUGAAGUCACACACACAACAACAAAAUCAUGUAGUAUGUUCGGAAGAAGAGUCGUGAAAUGUAUGCCCCAUACAUACACGACUCUUCUCUUUCCGAACAGACUCUAAUAUCUGCGAGAUUUUUUUUAUGGGUUACUAUUGAUUUGAUUGCAUGUCGAUUUAGAAAUUAAUAUUCCUUUUUCGUAACGAUAAAGUAGAACCAAAAAGAUGGACCAAGGUGGUUCAAGAUGCACCAAAAAGUUUCUUCAAGGUGGGCUUAUGUCACUUUACUCAUUCAUUCAAUACCUACCUAAUUGCAUAAACACAAUUAGUACACUUGUGUAGUUGUGUGUGUGUAAUUAUUCAUUUACAUUUAGUAAAGACAUUGAUUAAGAUACGUGCACGAGAUGGUGCUGUACCGCUCCAUAGAUUUUGCGGUAACUCGAAUCUCUGACUGUCAAAAUUUGACGUUUGACAAUUCAGUGACCGCAAAACAUGUGGCGCAGUACAGCGCCAUCUGUUUUAGAUGUCAAACUAUGGGGCACGGUUUUUUUAGACUUAACCUCUCUCCUGUCGAUACCUAUAUACAUUUUGUCUUAUCACAGCCAUAUUUUGCAUACGAUGUAUUUGAAAUUGAUAUACCCCCUUAUUCAUAAAUGUGUACUAAAGUUACGAUGCUGCUAAUCAUCGUUUGUCCCUUUCCGACGUAUUGGUAUGAUGGAAAGGGACAAACGAUUAUUAGCGGCAUCGUAACUUUAGUACACGUUUAUGAAUAAUGCCGCUAAUCAUCGUUUGUCCCUUUCCGACGUAUUGGUAUGAUGGAAAGGGACAAAAGAUGAUUAGCGGCAUCAGGGCCGGAUUUAGGGGAGGGCAACCGGGGCUACUGCCCCGGGCUUCCACAAAAGAGGGGCCCCCACAAUAGAGAAUUCGGAAAAUUUACCAUUUUAUUUGGAAAAAAAUUGGGGCCAGGGGGCCUCCACUCCUUUAUUGCCCGAGGCCUCCAGACCUCUAAAUCCGGCAUUGAGCGGCAUCGUAACAUUAGUACACGUUUAUGAAUAAGGGGGAUAGAGAUUAGGGUGUCAGACUCGGAGAACAGUGACCUAAUAUAAAACCGCCGAUUAUAAAUUAUAACCUAAGUAUACCUACUUAAGUACUUUUUUUUUUCAUUGUAUCGAAGCUCCUGUUUGUGAGAUGUUAGAAAGUCCUUCAGGAUAAUUAAUUAAUAAAUAAAUAUGCUAAGACAAUUUUUACACCUAUCUACCUUACCUAGUCGGAUACCGAUUGCAUUGACAUAUAUCUAAGGACGGGCCUUUCGGGCACUAAGAAUGAUGCAAGUCGUGGCGUUAGACUGCACGAUUGGCUCGAAUUCGUGUGAGUGACGUGGUCAAAGUAGUUUAAAACUAAGGGCUUUCUUAAAAUCUCAACUGCAGUAAGCUGGAUAUUUUAUUCAAUGGUGCGUAUCAAAUAACUGUUACAGCGAUGUUCUCAUAUUGGAAGAGAAUCACUUUGUAGUGCCUCUAAUUUUAUGUAGUUCAGCACAGAAAUUUACGUUAAACUUAAAACACGGAAUGUAAGACAUGUUAAGGUUAGACCAAGCUAAUUUGGCAGCGAUUUUGAUAGCCCAGACUGCAAGUAUGUUAAACGUCAAACUUCUGUGAAAUUAUGACGUUUAAAUAACACUUGCACAGUCUGGGCCAUUAAAAUCGCUGCCAACUUAGCUUGGUCUAACUCUAUACUUCUAAACAGAUCAGGGGCACUACUUGAGAUUACUUGAAUUAUAGUUUCUGAUAAUUUGGUUAAUCAAGUGUAUUGUAAAUAUUGUUACUUAGCUGUAAGUAUCAUCAUGAUUUUUAUAUUGUGGUGCUAUUCCUAUAUGUAAUUAGUUACAUAAUUAUUGUUUAAGUUUUAUAAUUACUCAUUCUGUUUUAAUGUCGGCAAUUCCUGGAUUAUGAAAAUACGAAACACCACCAACGAAAUAUUAUGUACCAAACGCCAUCUAUCCGCCUUUAAAGUGAAAUUUUUAACCGUGAAUGGUUAUUAAAAUUUGAUGAUAAAA